GGGUCGGGAGGUUGUGGUGUGGAGAAACGGCAGGUGCCAGUUGGUGUCUGGUGUGGGCUGGGAGAGGCGCCGGUGGUGAUUGUUGUGCUGGUGACGUUUGGUGACGGAUGGUGCGGAUUGCUGCGGAUUGGUGACGUUUGGUGAGACGGAGUGGUGACGUUGGACGUUGGUUGAAAGACAUUGACGUUGGUGACACUGGUGCAGACAAGCGGGCGUAGCUGCUGUUAUUGGUGGUGCUGAGGAUCGAAUAUCCGCUGCAGACGUUGGUGCAGAUAAUUCAUUCUGCCUCUUGGUGUAGCUGGUGACCUAAAAUUGCCGAGUGGUGAUCUGACUGGGGUAGAAUCUCGUUGUGAAGGCUGGAAAGUGACCAACAAUCCAUCGGUUCACGGCGGUAUGCAAUAAUGUAACUGGAUACUCCUCGCAUAAAGCCGAAACUUGCAUCGGAGGAUUGAAAGAAAAGUGUAAGACCACGCCCACAAUUUGAGCCAGCUAGCUCACCGCUGCUGCCUUAGUGAGGCGCUGUGACCUCUGUGAGGGUGUGACCUCAGGUCAGAAGACUACGAGCGAGCGGGACAGGCGGCAAUGGUGGCAGUGGCACCCAGAGAAGGACGAGAGACAUUGUGCAUCCAGUACAUCAUGCCGUCCGCCCACCUCUACCUCCGUGAGGAGGAGGUGGUGAAGCUGAUGCUGGAGUUCCUGCACAACCGUCAGCUGCACAUCUCCCAACUCAGCGUCGAGCGAGAGGCCGGCAUCAUCAACGCCAGCCUCAGCGACGACCUGCUCUUCCUGCGGCAGCUGAUACUAGACGGGCAGUGGGAUGACGCGAUAGAGUUUGUCCAACCUCUUACUAGCGUGGAGAGUUUCGACACCAAGAGGUUUCACUAUGAGGUACUCAAGGUGAAGUAUGUGGAGUUGUUGUGUAUCAAGUCGGAGGCGGGCGCGCAGGAUAACAUGGAACAGGCUGUGGAGGAGGUGGUGAAGGUGCUGAACGAGCUGGAGAAGUACUGUGAGUCGAAGGAGGAGUAUGCGGCGUUGUGUCUUCUUCUGACGUUGCCAAGGCUCGGUGAUCAUAGUGAAUACCGGGACUGGAAUCCGAGCGCUGCGCGCGUGGCCUGCUUUCGAGCCGUGCUUCCACUCGUGGAGAAGUUUCUACCGAGUGAGCGCAAACGCGGCGGAGAAAGACAGAACGAGUGCGCGAGUAACGAUCGUCUGAUUCAGCUCCUCAUCAAAGGCAUACUCUAUGAGAGCUGCGUGGAGUACUGUCAGCAGAAGGCGACCAGUGGAGGCACGGAGGCCAGUGGUGAGAUGCAGUUCAGUAAAGUUCUCAGCGGUAACGGGUUCUCUGACUCGGACCUGAGCUUGUUGUCCUGGCUGCAAAGCAUCCCCGCGGAUACCUUCGCCUGUCCGUUCGAGCAACGAACGCUAAACGUGGAUGUGGAGCGGCUAGAGCGACCACAACUGGACGCCUUCUGGACCGAGUAUAUGCUCGUCACGCCGAUCAAACCCAAGACGUUCCCUCACUCGGUGAUGCCCCAGGCGAGGCCCAAGUCCGCGGACGUGAUGUCGCGCUCGCUGAACCCGCAGUUGGAAGGCCUUCCGCUGGGGCUGGGCGCCACGCGGGCGGCAGCGGCGGCAGGAGCGGCGGCUGAUGCUAUGUCACAAAGUCUUGCCAGCUUCCACCUAACCGGCCGGAAAACCAUGAACACCUCAGUAGACAGACUAUUUGACAGUGACACCGCCGCGGGCGGGAACGAACUAGCGACGAUCGCUGAGCGUCACGAACCACCCACAUCACAAGUAUCACCCUCUCAGCCUCCCGCGCCUCCGCCCCCUCCAGCGCCUCCCAAGAGCACAACUAGCACCACCAUCUCAUCAGGAAGUGACCGAUCCAGCUCCAUGGGGUCGACGCGUCGACCAGCCCCCGCGACACCCUCCGACUCUGAGCGCGGGGACCGCGGCUCUCGUCCCAGCUCCAGACCGUGCAGCGAGGCGUCGGAGUCUCCCCAGUCCAUCCGGAGGAGAACUGAACCUCCCCACCCCUCCCCGGCCCCUCUGUCGGCGGCAGGGGGAGGGGGAGGGGAUCUGUACCAGGAGUUCCAGCGGGGGAGACAGAGGCUUCAGGAGCAGCUGGCGGAGCACGAACAGCGGCGGAACCAGUAUGUGCAGCAAUUAUCGGGUGAUAACCGGUUCAGCGAGGAUGGCUACCGGCAGUCGGCCGCCUACAGCCCGGCACACACCGUGUACGGUCACAUGAACGGAGCUCCGCGGCCCAGCGGCCCCCCUCCGGCCCCUCCGCACCCCCACCACCACCCUCCCCACCCCCCUCCGCACCCCUCCGUCCCUCCGCAUCCCGCGGGGGGCUCGGUACCGCCGUCGAUCUCAGGCACACCUCACAGGCAGGCGGUGCCGGUGGCCCAGAAUGGUGUCUAUCAGGCGGUCAAUGUCAGCAGGGGUAUGAGUCCCAGCAUGACUCGGCAGCGGGCGCCGCCUCCCCGCGCUCCGGGCCACACGAUCAUGGGAGAGCUGCCUCCCGACCCGGCCGGACUGCAGGCCGGCAUCUAUGACGCCAACAAGACGGAGGGCGGCGGCGGCGCGGGCGGCGCCGGGCGACCUCGGUUCAUCCCCGUCACCUCUCUGGAGGACGUACAGGCCAUCCGCUGUGCAGAGUUCCACCCGUACGGAAAACUGUACGCGGUAGGAUCCAACUCGAAAACGCUGCGCAUCUGCUCUUACCCCAAACUCAACGACCUCAGAGAUGACCACGUCACGUACCAGCCGACGGUGCUGUUUAAGCGCACCAAGCACCACAAGGGCUCCAUCUACUGCCUGGCCUGGAGUCCGGUCGGCGACCUGAUCGCCACCGGCAGCAACGACAAGACCAUCAAACUGAUGCGCUUCAACGCCGAGACGUGCAACAUCGAGGGUCAGGAGAUUGACCUAACGAUGCACGACGGCACGGUGCGCGACCUCUGCUUCAUCGAGGACAUGUCCAACAAGUCGAGCCUGCUGAUCAGCGGCGGCGCCGGCGACUGCAAGAUCUACGUCACCGACUGCGUCACCGGCACGCCCUUCCAGGCACUCAGCGGUCAUAGUGGUCACAUCCUCUCGCUGUACACCUGGGGCGGCGCCAUGUUCGUCUCCGGCAGCCACGACCGCACCGUGCGCUUCUGGGACCUGCGCUCUCGCGGCUGCGUCAACAUGUUCCACCCGCCGAGCGCGCACGCGGGCUCCAAGGGCUCGCCAGUCGCCUCUGUGGCCGUGGACCCGUCCGGACGACUGCUCGUCUCCGGACACGAAGAUGCGUCCUGUAAUCUGUAUGAUAUUCGCGGAGGAAGGAAUAUCCAGAGUUUCAAGCCGCACGAGUCGGAUAUUCGGAGCGUGAGGUUCUCACCCAGUGCUUACUAUCUGCUCACCGGAGGAUACGAUAACAGGACGGUGCUCACCGACCUGCAGGGUGACCUGACGAUGCCGCUGCCAUCUGUGAUCGUCGCCGAACACCAGGACAAGGUCAUCACCGGCCGCUGGCACCCGAACGAAUUCAGCUUCCUCUCGACCGGCGCCGACAAAACGUGCACCCUGUGGGCCCUACCGCCGCUGUGAGGACGCACACUGGACCCCAGAGCGCUAACGGUGGCCAAAAUCAGGCGUGGAAUAACUGUACGGCGGUGGGCGGGGGGGGGGGGGGAUGAGCGAAUGUUGAGGCUGUCCAGGAAUAAUAUUUUGGCGUGGAAGUUGUGAGAUGUGUUGGUGGGAUUAUGUGGAAGGGUUUCGUUUAUGGUUUCACGGAUAGACUGCAAUCAUGGAUUUGUUUGUUGUGUGAGCGUUAUUGAGGCAUGCUCCCGACCGCAGGCGGUGUUGAGUAAUUGUUGAAUGCCCCGAACUAACUUAUGUGAAUAUUCAGCUACCCGGAACUGCGAGAUACGAGAGAUAUUGUGUAACGGUCAGUUGUGACGCGUGACGGUGAUAUCGUGACGCGCUGUCUGCGUGACGUCGUGACGCGCGGCGUAACGGUGACGUCACGUCACGCGCAGGAGAGCUUUACCGUCACUGCGUAACGUUGUUCGAUAGUCAGACGCGAAUGUUAGCGCGUAGUUUCCGCGCGUAAUUCCAGUCAUCUCACUUAGCGCGCGGCGAGGCAGCCGGGGCACCGCCAGGCAGCUGACGGAAAACUGGAGAAUCUCCGCCCCGAGGCCGAGUCUGGUUUUGUUGGGAGGACUCGAGCGGCGUAUACCGGACACAGGCAGCUCGGUCCGUUCCGUUAUUUUUGUACGUCCGCUCGCACCGGCGUUGCGUUAUUGGCUGCUGCUCUGCCCGCCGUAAUGCUGCGAAAAAGAUGUGUUAAUUCCACAGGCUUGGCUAUUCUCAUACAGUCAAAGUGACGCUUGGCGAAAUAAAUAAUGUGUAAACACCGUGA